AUGACUACUUGCGUCGCUACUCAGACUUUCACCCACGUCUCUCCCAAGGCGUACCAUCCGGAGUCGGACUACACCACCUCCACCGAGCCCGGCAAGCCUCGUCCCGGCAGCCCCGGUCCCAACAAGCCCGACAACUGUGGCUUCGAGUCCGGCCCCUUGAAGAGGGAUGAUCCUAUUCCUCGCCCUCAGACUCCCUUGGUCCCGGUCCCCAACUCUGACGGUGAGGGCGAUUCUAAGCCCGCUCCUCGACCCCCCACCCCUCACCCCAAUGGUGAUCACCUCGAGUUGGACCCCAUCCCCCGCCCGCAGACCCCUCUAGUCCCGGUGCCCAAUAGCGAUGACAUGCCCGUUCCUCGCCCACAGACUCCUUUGGUCCCGGUUACCUCUGAUGACUCUGACGAUGAAUGCAUCGACGAAGAGAUGCCCGUUCCUCGUCCUCAGACUCCCCUAGUCCCUGUCACCAGCGACGAUUCCGACGAUGAGUGCCUCGACGAAGAGAUGCCGGUCCCUCGUCCCCAGACACCCUUGGUGCCUGUUACUUCUGACGACUCGGAUGACGAGUGCAUCGACGAAGAGAUGCCAGUCCCUCGUCCUCAGACACCCUUGGUCCCCGUCACUUCCGACGAUUCCGACGAUGAAUGCCUCGAUGACGACCCUAUUCCCCGUCCCCAAACCCCUCUCGUCCCUGUUCCCAACUCCGACGGUGAGGGUGACUCCAAGCCCGCUCCCCGCCCUCCUACUCCCCACCCCAACGGCGAUGAUGAGAUGCCGGUCCCUCGCCCUCAGACUCCUCUAGUUCCGGUCACCAGCGACGAUUCCGAUGAUGAGUGCAUCGAUGACAUCGAUCCUAUUCCUCGUCCUCAGACGCCCAUGGUGCCUAAGCCUAAUGCUGACAUGAUCAAGCCGGUUGCUUGCUGCUAA